AUGAAAGGCUCAGCUAUGGCUUUGCGGCGCGAGCGCGCCGUCUUAAAAAAUCAUUUCGUAGUGGUCUCUCCUGGGCCCAGGUACAAGUCUUUCACUGGCGCUCAUGCCUCAGUUCUGGUUCCAGAGGCAGAGGAGCGCCUCCGUCACCGCCAUGCUGCCCUCGUAGCUCGCAUUGAGCUGUUCCACACAGUCCUCCAGCUCCAGGGCCAGUUGCGCCGGGCCCAGCGACGGGACGAAGGGGAUGAGGGCCAUCACCCUCUGGCAGAAGCUGAUGCCUUCCACUGGCUCACAUUAGCUUUGACUCUGAACCAGGACCUCCAGCAGGCGAGCGACGUGCGGCGUCAUGGCCAUGUUGUUGGUGGUGUCGGUGGUGGUGUCGGUGGUGGUGUCGGUGCUGGUGUCGGUGCUGGUGGUGGUGGUGGUGCUGGUGUUGGUGGUGCUGGUGCUGGUGCUGCUAGUGCUGGUGGUGGUGCUGUUGCUGUUGUUCUUGUUGUUGUUGUUGCUGCUGCUGCUGCUGUUGUUGUUGCUGCUGCUGCUUCCCUCGCGGUUGUGGUUUUGCCGGUGGUGGUGGCUUCUGUUCGCUUGAAGAGAGAAUUUCCGGUGAAGUUUACCCAUAAAGCGAUCCGCAGUCUGCAGCCUAACGACCGUUGGACCCGCAGCUUCAUCCCCCUAGGGACGGUCCCGCUGUUGAAGCCACUCGAACUUCAUCGUGCCAUCGACGUCUUGCUUCAUAGACUCCGUACAGCGAACAACAAGAUCGGCUCUCGCUCAAGACUCUCGACAUUCGAUUUCAAGAUCUUCUACGGACAGAACAAGAACGCAGACAUUCGAUUCGACAGACCAGUUGGUAGCUUCACGGCUGCUCUCGACUCAAGAAAGGAUGGCACAGUUGUGGAACCAUUGACAGACAUUGUUCUGAUGUCCUCUCCAGUAAUCUCAUGCGCCGCAGUCUCGGAUCUAAAUCGUCCAAGUCGAAGGUUUUGGCAUCGAACGUCCUCAAAGAAGCGUCAAAAAUCGUCGCUACUGGCGCAUCCCCCCUCGACACUCAGGUCAGCAUCAGAAGCAGCAGAGCUCGACGCCGAAACGCAAGUACUCACCAACCUACGAGCAAGCGGCCCAUUGCCACUUCUGAAUGAUCGACCGAUCGUGCUGGCUUCUUCCUUACUUCCACUGUAUCAGAUACCCGUUCCCGAACCACCACGAAGACCUCAAUAUCGAAAGGUUCUAGGUCGCUACAACCGCUUCUCCUUGAUCGAUCGAAAGAUAUACCAGAUCUCCCGAAUUCAAGACAAAAGGGAAAGUGCUCAAGCUGUGAAGAUCCCGAACCGCAGAAGAUCGUCAAUGAGAUGCUCAGGGGCGAGAGGUCGUAGUCAAGCCGCUGUGUACAGAAUGGAAGGUCGAACCAGUGGCGGUCUCAAGAGGGAAUACCGUAAUUGGCACUUCGCAGCGUUGGCUCCUGCGGUUGACACUCCACAAUCUCUGCAUGGCGCGAGGAGAGAGAAGGUGAAUGCGACGUUUAGACCCAUGGAACUGGUAGGAGUUGUGACCGUCAAAGAACUGCACGCGGGGUACCCAGAGAAUGCUACUGAAAUCCUCAGGCCAGGGAAGCGUAGAGCUCCUUGCCUGCCGUUGAAAUGGACGCUUAUGCUGGCUCAUGCGAAUCACAUGCAGCGAUCAGCACUGCUUGCCUCAGUGCUCGCCGCGGCCAUGGAGACGGCGCGACCAAGCUUUACCUUUUGUAUGAAAGCACUCACGCUUGAUUCGACUUACUAUGCAGGCGCUAGCUACGCAUUUUCAGUACAUGACAUAGAGAGCCUUCCAGAGCAAAUAUGCCUCAUGCAUCUGCUCUCAAACGUACUUCAGACGCAUAGCGAUGUUCGCAACGAUGAAGCAGUCACGCCAAUGGUCAGCCUGAUCGAGCCAUGGUCAACAUCGCGUGAGGAAAAAGACUUAGCUGCGCGGUUCUCCAACCCUGUUGACCCAUCCCUUCAGACGAGUCAAUGACCAAGGGUCAAGGUAAAGGACUUAGCUGAUCAGGAAGAGGCGGCAGGGCUUUGCCGUGUGCGAUCCAGUCCAUCAUCUUGGCCAGGUUGCUGCUGAGUGCUGGGAUCUGUCUCGGCAUCGGAAUCAGAUAUCUGGAGCUUUGCGAGCUUGUCCUUCCAAUCCUGGCCGAGACCAUCGAUGAGCGGAAGCUCCCUGCCGAGUUCCUUGUACAAAGCUGUCGCACUUGGCUUCUUAGGCUUCGAGCGCUUAGAUUUCGAGCCCUUGGAUUUCGAGUGCUUAGAUUUCGAGCCCUUAGACUCCGGGACCUCAGGCUUCGGGUGCAGACGUUCAUAGAAGUUCUGCAUAACUGUCUUCUCCUUUGCAGGUUCCGAUUGUACCCGGGCCG